AUGAUAUUAGCAGAAUCUUCUAGUGACGAAGGUGAGUUUGUUGCUUCUGAUAAUGAACAUGAUUAUAUUCCUUUAGUUGAAGAGGGUAGAUUUGAAAUUUCGGAUGUUGAGCCAGAAGUUGAAGUCGAAAAUGAGAUUGAUUCUUAUGAUUCCGAUGCGAGUUUUGAAGGGGAAUCGCUUGAAAAUAUUCUUAUCACAAAAGAUGGAAUGCGGUGGCAGUUUGAACCACUUCGCAGAACACAAAAUAGUAGCAGAAAUAUUAUUCGUCAACGGGGCGGGGCUGCAUCGUUCAGCAAACUUUACAAUCAAAUGGAAAUAUUCAAAAAUAUAUUGUCCAAUGAAAUGUGUGACAUAAUCUUGAGGGAAACUGAUCGGAAAGGGACAAAGAUUACUGAAGCAUACAAUAAUAAACUGAUGGAAAAUAACCCUGAUAUUAGCAAGCGACCGAAACAAAAAAUAUUCAAACCAUUCGCAGAACAAGAAUUGGAUGCAUUUUUUGGUAUUUUAAUUUUUAGUGGGGUGCAUAGAUCUUAUAAAGAGCAUUUGACUGAACUGUGGGAAUCCAGUCUCCUACCAUUAUUUCAGGCUGCGAUGUCCCAUGAUAGAUUCAAAAUGCUGCUACGCUUCCUAAGAUUCAACAUAAAUUCAUCGUUGUUGGAGUUAAGCCAUCAACAUCCACGUUCUGUUGAGGUGAAUGAUGCUGGGCCAUCGUCGCUACAUAUACAGGGUUCUGAUACGGUACGUGCUACAUCAACGGCACCAUCUCCAGCGCCGUUUGAAAUGGGCUCGCCAGCACCCUCUCUGGUGGUCCCAGUGGUCGAGUCACCGACGCCUGCUGCGUCAGAGUACUUGGAGGUCCCUACACCGGCGAUGUACGUAGAGUGUAGUGGAAGUAGGAUAUCGGACUGCAGGAAGGAGCUUCCACGGAAAUGCGACAUCUACGCCAAGGGCCCCAGUAGUUAG